AUGUCUCUUCCUUCUCGCAACAACAACAGUAACAGUAACAGCAACACUAACUUCACUCAGAACGCCAGUCUAGUCGACCCCAACAGCCCGGACUGCACCCUGACCUCUGACCAUACUGAUCUCUAUGACCAGAUCCCGCCCACUCCGGACCAAUUGGUCGCCACGGUCGCUCCCAACCCACAAAACAACCCUUUCCAGGAACCCCUCCGUGCCUACCUCCCAGCCGCCGCCGUCAUGCUCUCUCCUCUCCGGCCCCAGGCCCCAGUCCGCUUCCGUAGUGCUGUUCAGCGCACGAAUCACCAUCCCGUCUGGCUCCAAGACCCAAGCGAGGAUGUCCCUCAGCCAGACACCUCCCGUCGCUGUUCCCACCAGGCCAUCCACCCAUGCUUCUGCCGCAACAACGCGGAGCGCCGCGGCUUGGCCUGCGACAGCUGCGUCCGUGGCAACUGCCCCGUGUUCCGCCUGCUCCAGCGCGGCUCCGUCGACGAGCUCGAGUUGGCCCUCUGUGCCGAGCUGACCCGCGGCUGCCGCGGUGCCGAGCAGUUUGAACAGGAUGUCCAGGUCGCGCCGAGAGUGGCUCGCACCCGCGAGGCCAACGCUGCUGCUGAAGUUACUGAAGCUGAUGACAGUAGGUUGUCGACACCGGCCGCUGCUCGCCUCCUCGGUACCGGGCCUGACAGUCUGGUGCUGCGCACCGCCGAGGACGUCGCUGAGACUCGACGCUUGGCAGGGGGACGUCGUGAUGACAACCCGUCCAGUGAGGCCAAUGAAGCUGACGGAGAGAACUAA